AUGGAGGAUCGCACCUGCUCCCCGUCCCGCACUCUCAACGGACAGAGGGCGUGUGUCCGCCAGGGCCCCCCAGUUGGCACACGGGCCGGAAGCAUGGCUGCCUGCCCUGUGCUGGGUCUUGCUGCUCUCCUCUUCCUCUCUGCGCCCCAGGCCAACUCCGUGGUGCAGUAUCGACGGCUGGUGCCACUGGUGCUUCUGGAACCCCAAGCCUUCCUGGCCAUAUCCCCCACAGGGAGGGACUGCUCUCAUAUCUGGGUGGAGAGCCCCAGGGCCCGCAGUGGCGUGUACACCAUCCAGCCAGAGGGAGCCAGCACCCCCUUCAAGGUUCUCUGUGACAUGCGCACGGACGGUGGCUGGACGGUGAUUCAGAGCCGAGACCGGGGCCGGCGGAGGCCUCUGGACUUUGAGAGGUGCUGGCAGGAGUACAAACAAGGCUUCGGAGACGUGAGAGGUGACCACUGGCUAGGGCUGGAGCACAUCUCUGGCCUGACCUCCCAGCCGGGCCUGCGCUCAGAGCUGAUGGUGGAUCUCCUGGACAUGGACAACCACACACUUCAGGCCCACUAUGACAACUUCCACGUGGACAAGGAGGACCAGUUUUACCAGCUGACCCUUGGCCUGUACUCGGGGAAUGCAGGGGACGCGUUCCGGGGCUUGGGCCAGACGGACAACCAGGAGGGCUGUGGCUUCAGCACGCUGGACCGCGACCAUGACCGCUGCUCGCCCUGCACGGAUGGCGCCCGGACCUUCACCAGCUGCAGCCACGAUCGCUCGGGAGCCGGUUGGUGGUACAGCGCCUGCGGCCACGCAGACCUCAACGGGCCAUGGCCAGAGCACACGGGGGCCGCUUCCGGCAUGCGCUGGGCCACAGGCAACCACCAGCCCGCCUUGCGCGCCAGCGUGCUGCGCGUGCGCACCACUGCUUCCCUCAAGGCCUAG